ACAACCGUCUCCACAAUACGAACGUUCCCCUUUCUGUUUCCACACAUUCUUCGAAUCAUUGCUUGCAAAAAACCUGAAAUAAUCUUAUCAGUAGUUAGCCGCACACACCGUUACGUCAUCUCCGAUACCUGCUGCUCAACUAACUUACGAGUAGCAGCAAUUCGUGACCAUCAUCACCAACCAGUGUCAGUUUUCCGCCGCGCUUCGAAAAUGAAUGACCAGCAAAUUCAGGAAGCUUUUGAUCUCGCCCUGGCUCUGACCAAACAGUGCGGCCCCAUUGUGCUCGAAGGAUUCCGAAACUCGGCCAAGGACGUUGCCAGCAAGGGCCGGCACUGGGAUUUGGUCACCGAGUACGACCGACGAGUGGAGGAUGUGUUGAUUGAAGGACUGAAGAAACGCUUUCCGGAUCAUCGGAUGCUGGGCGAGGAGAGUGCCAGUGAAGCUAACAGAAAGGAAGCGCUGGACGACAGGCCAACGUGGAUUAUCGAUCCGAUCGAUGGGACGAUUAACUUCGUGCGGGGUGUGAAGUUUAUUGCCAUUUCGGUGGCCUUGGUCGUGGGAAAAGAACUGAAAAUUGGAAUUAUCUACAAUCCGUGCAUGGAUGAGAUGUACACGGCGAUUGCCGGACAGGGAACUUUUUUGAACGGCGAACGAGUUCGCGUCAGUGGCGUUGAUAAUCUCAAAGGUGCACUAAUUGGACAUGAAAUUUCCAUUGCCAGCUACAAGGCAGCUCGACCCCACAUCUUAGGCCGAGGAGAAGAACUAAUCAAAGAAUGCACCGGUCUGAGAGCAUUUGGAUCUGCAGCUCUAACUCUAGCCUACAUAUCCAGUGGCAACGUCGACGGCUACUGCAUCGAGUAUCUCAAACCGUGGGACAUCGCAGCCGGAGCGAUUCUUAUUCGGGAAGCGGGUGGCGUUGUUAUCAAUAUCGACGGAGGCGAGUACGAUAUUCUCAAACCGGACAUCAUUGCCGCCAGUAGCGAAAAGCUGGCACAGCGAAUGCUCGAAAUUGUUCGCCAGGUGAACGAGAAUGUUAAUCAAAAGCAAUAAAGGUUUACACUUAUAUUCUACUUUCAAAAAACCAGUGGUACUCAGUUUGUGAUCCGCGGAGCACUUUACUUUUUCUUUGACGAUUCUUUACAAAAUAUUUUGAGUUUUAUAUGUUAUUGCAUUAUAUACUUUAACAGCCGAUUAAAA